UUUUUUUUUUUUGAUACAUAGAAUUGGGAUUCGGGUGAACCCGGAUCCUACUACUGAAUUAAUCUAGAUCUCCAAAAUCACAUUUGCAGUUUCAUUGAUUCCGACAAAACAAAUCUAUCUGAAGACUAUCUAGUAGCAACAACAACAUCCAUCUCUGUUUGAGUAGUAGAGAAGUGAGCUCAAGUUGGGGGUGGUUUGAAUGGACAAUUUCAGCGCAGAAGAUCUGUCAACGAUCGGAGGCAUCGCAACGGUGUCGCUUUUGCAUUCCUUCAUACCCACGCAUUGGCUCCCUUUCUCCAUCGUCGGCCGCGCCCAGAAAUGGACUCUCUCCCGCACUCUCUUCGUCACUGCAUUUGGAGCAGUUUUGCAUGUAAUAUCCACUUCAAUACUUGGUAUAACAGCGGUCACCAUGGCAAAUACCAUCGCUGGCGAGGAAACAGUUCAUAAACUUGCCUCACUUUUGCUUGUAUUUCUUGGCGGUGGUUACAUUUUGUUGUUUUUAACUGGAAAAGGUGGUCACAGUCAUUCACAUAACCAACCCAUGGAAAAAAUGGCUGUUGCUGGGCUCGUCCUUGUUCCUGCCUUGUCUCCUUGUGCAACCACACUUCCGGUAUUUCUUGCUGUCGGCAAUUCAUCUUCUAUGAUGGUGCUUGCUAUCAUAGUGCUGCUAUUCAGCACCAUAACAGUGAUGACUUCUUUGGUUGCUCUCUCAUUCUAUGGCGCCAGCCAGCUCAAAUUUCACUGGGUGGAGCGAUAUGACAAACUUCUUGUAGGAUCUGUGCUCUGUUUGGUGGGAAUUUUGACACUUAUUUUUCAUGAUCAUGAUCAUGAUGGAGCAGGAGGAUCCACUGGAGAGCAUUUGCAUAGGAAAAUCAUUGUUCACUGAAGGUUCUUGUCACCUUUCAACGUGUAUGUUGUGCCUAUAGAUUACGGUUGGAGAUUGUUGCUCCCAUAUGUAUUGACCACUGCGGCAACUGCUCGUUCAAUGUGCUUCACGAGUAUUAAGAAUGUUUUGUUCAAUUUGUUUAUUAUGAUACUAAUAUAUCUCACAGUUUAUCUUUC